CAGGCACGCUAGCGCUGCUACAAGAGCUGGAAGAAGCAGCUAGCUGUGUGGAGACCCAGAACUAAGCAGAUCCAGUUCUUUAGAGCAGAGCAGGGGAGGGGAGGGGAGGGAGAGAGAGAGAGAGAGGGUACAGUGACCGGAAAAGCAUCUAGAGAAGAAAGCUCGCUGGUGUGCUGCAUUAAAGAAGAAGAAAGCUGGGGUAAGGAGAUACAAAACAAGAGGUAAUCAGAAAUACUGUCUUGAUUCUGCUUGAUUCAGAGAGCUGAAACGUUUAAUUGGUUUAGUUUUCUUAUAAUCUAGUAAUUGACGUAGUUUCAUCUAAGUUUUGCCUCAGAGAGACAGAACUGGAAGAGUAACGAAUGACUGAGAAGGUAAAGAAACUGAGACGAGAAAGAUCUACGGGAUAAUUACAAAGAAAGACAAACAGGACGGAUUGACAAAGGGAGGGAGCAGUCACUGUCCCGGCCGAUGGACUGUGGGCUGUGUGGUGAUCCGGAGGUCUGCACUCGUAUUCUCUGAAGCAGCUGGACCCCCUCAGAGAGCCAGACAGCCUGCAGACACCAUGAGGCUGCUGCUGCUGAGCUAUCUGCUGCUGACCGGAUCCCUGAGGGCCAUCGCACAGGAGCAGCUGGAGGGAAGUCAAGACGCUGCUCUGGACACGUACUGGUCCGGGACGGCCCCCCUGUGCGUGGGCGGGUGCCGCGGAAAGCACAAGGAGUUGAAGCAGGACGACUGUGGGGAUGGGAGCUGCUGCUGGCUGGGGUACAAGUCCUUCUGCAGAGUGAACUGUGGGAAGCCGGACUCUGAUUUCAACUCUCUUGUUUUUGGGAAUGACUGGUGGGUGGGCUCGGUGGUGAGGUACACCUGCCGGCCCGGCUUCCUGCUGAUCGGGGACCCCGCCCGGGCCUGCCAGUCCGACGGCAAGUGGACCCCCAAACCCAGCUGCCUCCGGAUCUGCCUCCGCGGCCGGCUGGAGAUCAACGAGAAGGACAUCGACGGCAGCUGCUCCUCCACCUGCUCCUCCAAGGCCCACUUCGGGUCCCUGAACCACGGCUGCAUCAAGAUCGACAACUGCCUCACCAAGCAGUCUGGCUGGAAGCGCUGGUUCAUGCGCUGUGACGUCUGCGAGUGUGACUGCUUCAUCCCCUGCAGUUCUUCCGGCUGAGUGAAUGGCACCACCCAGCUCCUGUUUGUAUUCAUUUUACAUUCCAACAAAGACUAAAAAAAAAAAAAAGAGCCUUUUCAAAUGGAGAGAGCCUCAUUGUCUCCACUAUUCUCAGGAAGUACAUUGAACAAUACAUGAGAAAAAAAACCAGACUAGCUGGUUGAGCUCCGAGGUCACUGGUAAACCUAGAACACAGAAGUGCAAUCCCAGAUGCCGAUUCCCAGGAAUCUCUCUCCACACUCCCAGAUCCACAGCCCUGCUCUGGAGAUGAGCACUGUGUUCCCAGGACCUCUCUGAUUGUGCAAUGAAGGGGGUUUGUCCAGAUCUCCUUGUCAAGGAUUCUCAAGGCAGACUGAACCCCAACAGGCUCAAAGGAGAGCAGUGCAGAGGCUACUCCACCUCUCUGCAUCCUGAACCCCUUGUUAGUCAGGCUUGGGAACGACUGAUAACGUCAGCUUCAUGCUGUAGAUGCUGAAAAAAACAAACAAAAAAAAAACAGGAUUUUCAAUUGUUCUCGUUUUUGUUUUGCUUUCCUGAGCUAUGGCAGAGCUGACGCUGCUACCUGCAGCAGCAGGAGGUUAUGGGCAGUUUGGAAGAGAGGGAGUUGGAAUAUGUCUACAGCUCAUACUGUCAGGGGGGGGGGGUGCAAACUAACCGGUGAGCCAACAAGGCCUGCUUUGUGAACACACCAAGGUCUUGUUUGACUGGUAGGGUGGUGUGCUGGCUGCUGCUGUUUGUUUUUCAUGGGUAGUUUGGGCCGCCUUCUUGGUUUAAGCCUCUGGGAUUAGCAAUCUGAUUUCAGACCACCUGGCAGAGCAAUCUGUCAGGAGCAAAGAACUUAAUCUUAUUACUGCUCAAGAUCAGGAGGGGAGGGGGGCAGGAAAAA